UUCCCUCAUAGGUAAUGCCAAAGCAUCAUCAUUCUCCAGUUCAUCACCAUCACCAUCCCGAUCCAGGAUGCAGCAGCGAUCACCUGGCGCACUCGAUCGACCUGGCCACGACGCUGCGCAGCGAACUGGCCGCGUCCACCUACAAACGGGACCGCCUGAUGGCGGAGCUGUCCGACGUGAAGAGUUCGCUGUGUGCCAAGGAAAACGAAUGCGAAGCGCUGCGAGCCCAGAGCGCGCGCCAGACGUCGCUGAUCAGCUCGCUUCAGCAACGGCUGGGAGCGUCGGAGUCCCGCGAGAAGAACCUCCACAGCCGGACGGAGAACGUCGUGGGGACGCUGAAUAGGGACAAGAAACACAUGGAGGACAAGAUCAAGGAGUUGUGCGCGAAGACGCGCCGGUUGGAGUGCGAGCUGAGCAAAGAGGAAGGUCACCGGGACCAGGCGAGAGCCCACCUGCAGGACCUGGUGCGGAGGUUGUGCCUCUGCUUGGGCAUUGACGUUUGCGACGGUUCGCACCUGACGCCGGAAUGUGUGCUAGGGAAGGCCGGGGAGACGGUUGCGGAACUGCAGCGGUUGCGGACCAAACUGGCCGGAGCUUGCGAGCAUUUGACCUCGACAGAGGCGGAGCUCAUCACGACCAAGACGAGCGCCUCGGCGGAGAAGACCCGGCUGCAGACCCAGAUCGAGGGCCUGCAGUCGCUGUCCCAGGGACUGGAAGGUCGCUGCCGACAGGCGGAACGGGAUCUGCAGGUGACGCGGGAUCGGCUGGCGGAGAGUGAGGUCACCGGGGAUAAGCUGAGGGAGGAACUCCGAGGGUUUGAGUCGCGGUGCUGUCGGUUGCAGAACAACUACGAUCGGCUGCAGACGGAACGGUUGCAAUUUUUGAGGACGCUAGCGACGAUCGUCGGGGUUAACGAGCCCUGUGAGAACAAUAUUCGCGACAAGGUUCGCGAGUUAACUAACCACAAUCAGUCGCUGCAUGAUCAAACCGCCCAACUAAAGGAGCAACUCCACCAGGAGGCAUCUCGUCACCGGGAGCACCAGGAACGCACGACCUGUCAGUUGAAAACCGAGGAGCAGCAUCGGCUCAGUGUCGAGGAGCGGCUGGAGAAGGCAUGCCACGAGCUGCAGCACUUCCGGGCGGAACAUAUUACCCUCAGCGAAUAUCUGGUCCGGUUGGCCCGGGCCCUCAGCUGGAGCGAGUGCUCGGAGCCGCCGGCACCCGGAAGUGACACCACGAUCCUCGGCGAGACACUGCUGGAGCGGGCCGAGCGAUUGGCCACCCACCACGAACACCACGUGCACGGGAUCUGUGAUAAGAGCUGCUGGGAACUGUCAAACCAACACACGCACUCUCAUUCUCAUCACCACGCCAACCACCACCACAAUCAUAGCCAAUUGCCAAAGCUGAGGCGCGAACGUUCCUGCACGGAUUUGCCGUUGAAAGAAAGUUCCGCACUGUACAACUUGCAGCGCCGCGUUCGCGUGCUCCGGGAGCAGGUUCAGCGCCGGGAUCUGCACCUGGAGCUGCUCCGGCGGAAGAUCGCACUGCUCGAGGAUAACGCCAGGGGGAAGACGAUGCUGCAAACCGAACGCGACGAAGCCGUCCACCGGGCGCGGAAAAACUCCAAAAACGCCGAACGCACCGCUCAGCAGCUCGCCGAGGUGAAAGCCCAACUGGUGGAGGUGAAAACCCAGCUCAACGAAGCCUCGGACUACAAAAUCACCGCCCUGGAACGGGCCCGCAAGUGCGACGAACUGCAGGCCCGGCUGUGCGAGCUGGAAAACGAACGCGAACGGCUGGUGGCCCAACUGGCCGCGUACAAGUCCCGGGCGCGGUCCGCGGUGGAGAGCUCCCACGACCGGAGAGUUCGCGACGAGCACGCUCUCUCGCAUCUCCGCGAGGAGCUGGCCCGCGUCAAGUCCCAACUGGCGGAUACCAACCACCGUCUCUCGCAGAUGCAGGCGUUCCGAACGUCGGUGGCCAAACUGCUCCACCUGCGGGACAGUCCCGACUCGGAGUUGCUCCACAAACUGCAGUCGGUUUGCGCGUCCCACCACAACUGUACCUGCCUGGGUCGCCGUUACGGAUCCGCCUCGCCGCUGGGAACGGCCGGAAGUGACCACCACUGUUCCCGGUACGACGACCUGCCACCGCCGCCGACGACGGCGUCCUCCGGCUGCCGGCCGUUGAGUUCCAGUCCGGUGCACCGGCGGUACAUCGAUUCGGGCUUCAACGAUCAUGACCACAACUUUGACGAUGAUUUUGACUUUGGGAAGAAGUAUUGAGAGCCGGAAGCGGCUAAACAAGACCGACCACUGCCACGCAACGUGUUCGAACGCAGUUUUUGCAGUCCGUUUUGAAAGUUUACCAUAAUUUAAACUAUUCGUACAUGCUAGUGGCGCCUAGCGGAGAGUAGCGGAAGAUAGCUUGUUGUAUCAUAG